UCACGAACGAUUAAACAUGGAGGUUAGAAAACACCGAUGACAGCUUUCUCACUGAAUAUGCAUAUGCAUGACAGCGUGUUCACGCGUGCGCGUAAAUAAUCUCGCGCUAAAAAUCUGAAAAUCAAUUCGAAAUUCGUGCGAACUAACGUUUUAACUGCAAUUCUUACGAAGCCUCAUCGAGUCGACGUAAAUCCAGACUUAAAGCCUCGAAGCGUAACUACUCGAUUAGGACGCAUUAUCUCACCAACAUGUUGUAUGAAAAAAAGUAGACAAUAAACGUAGGAGAUACAAACGAUAUUAAAAUCGGCGAUCAUGUAACAAGAUCACAAACAAUUUUCCUCGCGAUGGAGGAUUACACGCCGAUCGACGAGGACUUCCCGGGCCGGCUGCUGCACCAGGCCGCGCUCUGGGACAACGCCGAGCUGCUCGAGGACCUGCUGCGCGGCGAGCACGCGCAGUAUAUCAACAGCAAGGAUUCGUGGGGCAGGACGCCGAUGCACGCGGCCGCGAUCACGGAGAACUCCCGCUGUCUGGACGUGCUGUUGACCGCCGGCGCCGAUCCGAACGUCACUUGCGGCCCGCGCGGUCAUCAUCGCACGCCGUUGCACGUGUGCGCGGAGCACGGGCACGCCGGCAACGUGGAGAAGCUGCUGAGCUUCAACGCGGACCUCAUGAUCCGCGACGACGACGGCCUGCAGCCGCUCGACAUCGCCGAGAAGGGCAAGCACGACUCCUGCAUUCGUCUGCUGAAAGCGGGAGCGGAGAAAUACGAGCUCGCCAAACAGGCGACUCACGCUUCUCUGCGCGCGGCUUGCAUUCAGGGCGACACCGUAGCCGCCAGGAACAUUAUUCAAAGUUUGUCGACCGACUUGGAAUGCGUGGUGAACAUGGCACCGAACGGCGCCAACACGUUACUCUUCGUCGCCUGUGAGAGCGGACACAAGGACAUCGUGCGGCUGCUGCUGGAUCACGGCGCCGACUGCAGAAUACAUCCGGUCACCAAGUACUGUCCGCUCUACAUAGCGUGCUACCACGGAAAAGUGGAGAUCGUCGAUCUGCUGCUUCGUCACUUCCCCAAACAGGUGCAGCAGCUCACGGUGGAACGCUGGCUGCCGAUUCACGCGGCGGCGAUAAACGGUCAUCAUCUCGUGAUCGAUAUGCUGCUCAAAUUCGAAUAUCCACAACACAUCUUUCAGCGUUAUCGCGACUCGUCCGGCGAAUUCGAGUACGACCUGCCAUUCGAUAUCAACGCGCAAGACGUCACAGGCCAGCACGCGCUCUACAUCGCCAGCAUGUUGGGUAACAUCAGGUGUGUCGAAUUACUGUUGGGUUAUCGAGUGAAAGCGAGGACGACCAAGGAGGAGGACGGGGUGAGCGGCGCCCAGCAGCUUCCGGUGUCGAAACGAAAGAUCUCGAGCGGCAUCCAGAGGUUGAUGUCGUCGUUGAAUUUUCGCAGCAAAACUUCCACAGACAAGAAAGACGACAAAAUGAUCUACCCGACGAAUCUAGAUCUUUAUUGUAACAACGGCAGCGAGACCGCGCUGCACGUGGCGGUUCGGGGUAGACACACCGAGGUGGUGAAUGCUCUUCUUCAAGCCGGUGCGAAUCUAGAGUUACCCGUGAAAAUCCCGCACGAUCAGAGCGAUUCCGAAGGUAAUUACUUGAACGUUUUGACGAUCGCGUGUCAGAACCGCGACGUGAAGAUCGCGGAUCUGCUGCUGAAGCACGGUGCUGUCGACAACGAGUGUCGAGCGCUGAAGAUCGCCGCGCAGAAUCGCGACGAGGCGCUAACGGCGAAACUGCUGUCGAUCAAAGCGCAUCCGGACUCUGAGUACAAGAUUAAUAAGAAGGCGAUGACCGAGUGCACGCAAAGCUCGCACUUCUCCGCCUUGUCGUCGUUCGGUCACGUCACGUACUCCGCAUUAUUUCCGAAGACACCGACGAUGAUCAACUGGCACAACCAGCAGUGUCGCCUGUCGCAAAUCCGACUGCAGUGGUUGAUCGACGCGGUGUUGCACGUUAAUAAGAAACUAAGUCCGAAGAACAACGAUCUGGUGCUCUACGCGAUCACGCGAAUCGAUAUCUCUCACAACUCCAUCACCUCCGUGCCGUCCGCAAUAUUCUAUUUGCAGAGCUUGCGUUAUCUCAACAUGGCACAGAAUAAAAUCGACACUCUCAUAGCGGAGUCGAAAAAUCCGAAGGACAAGCUCUGUCCGGUUUUGGAAGAAAUGUAUCUGCAGGAUAAUCGAUUAGAACAGCUGCCCGAGUUCAUCAUGAACUUACCCGCGCUUGAGAUCAUGGACGUGUCCAACAACAAGCUGCAAUGUCUACCCCAGAACUUGUGGCGUGCGCCCAAGUUGAAGGAACUAAACGCGUCGUUCAAUCUGCUGCGCGAUCUUCCAAGCCAAGCGUCGCAGAAUGUCCUGAGAAAGUCUCAACGCAGCGAUGAGACGCAGAACAGCACCACUUUCCGCGGACUGAGCGCCAUACCGCGAAUUGAAUCCAUGGAGUUCGACUCGUUCACGAAGAUUGCGAACGCGCAGGUGAUCGAGAUGGAACGACCGCACGUAUGGACCACUUCGGUGCAGGUGUCGGAGAAGAUGAGCGACGACACGGAGAACGGUAACAAGUCGGUAUUAGCGUCGUUGAACUUGGCUCACAAUCUCUUCAACAGUAUUCCCGUAGCUUUGCCGUGUCUGGCGGUGAGUCUCGUGCGAUUAAAUAUGGCGUACAAUUCGUUGCGUUCGAUGAGUCACAUUACUUCGUAUCCGGCGAGUCUGAAGCAGUUGGACCUGUCGAACAACCAGAUCACGCGAUGGCCGAGUCUGCCGCAGAUCGACAGCUCCGACAGCAUGGAGCAGGCGAACACCGCCUGCUACUGUCCGAUUGUAAACGCACAAUCACCCGGUAUUGUGCCCGGCAAUCGACAGACGCCCACAUCGAUGCGCGACAUAGUCUUACAGUCGAUCUGCGUGCACAGACGACAUUUGCGACUGGAGAACUUGCGUACGUUGAUCCUAGCGAACAAUCUGCUAAAUCGCAUUCAGUUGACAUCGUGCGACGACGGUGAAAUGCCUUACCUAGAAGAGGAAAGGGACUCCGAUAGAGAUUCGAAGACCGGAUACUCUUCUAAACCUUACCUGCUCUUUCCCAAUGUUAGUAUGCUGGACAUCAGUAACAAUCAACUGCGCGAAAUACCGCACAAUAUUUAUGAGCUGAGCAAUUUGUCGGUGCUGAACAUCAGCGGCAACCACGAAAUUGUCGAAUUACCGCCACAGAUGGGUUUGCUAGGCCGUUUAUGGAAUUUAAACACGCAAGGCUGCCGGCUGCAGGAACCGCUCAAAUCGAUGAUCGAAUCGAAGAAAUACAAGACCAUGGACGUGAUCGGUUAUCUGAAGUCAAUUCUGGAGGACGCAAAAGCGUACGCGCGCAUGAAGCUAAUGAUCGUCGGUAUUCAGGGAAUUGGCAAAACAAGUUUAUUGGAACAGCUACGACAAGAAGGUGAGGUGCUAAACAAGAAGAAGGCAUCCGAGCACUGGGCUAAGCGCAUGGGCAAUAAGAACAUCAACGCGAAGACCGCCAAAGGUACGACAAUCUCGACGGUUGGCGUGGACAUCGGCGAUUGGAUCUACGAAAAAAAAGUGCGUGGACAAUCGUCCCAUGGACCGGUCUACUUAAGGACAUGGGACUUUGGUGGUCAACGAGAAUACUACGCGACACAUCAGUACUUUUUGUCGAAGCGUAGUCUGUACUUGGUCGUGUGGCGAAUCACGGAUGGUUUCAAAGGCGUUUCCGAGAUUUUCCAGUGGCUGGUAAACAUCCAGAGCAGAGCACCGAACUCGCCAGUCAUCAUCGUUGGUACUCACUAUGAUGUUUCCUUUGAACAUAGUGAAGGUUUGCAACAAUACAUUCGCGACAAGUUUAUCAAUGUAGUUGAUGCCGAGAAAUGUGGCCUGCCAAAGGUUAUGGAAACCAUCGAAGUGAGUUGUAAGACGCGACAUAAUAUUAAAAUGUUAUGCAAUCUCAUCUACGACGUCGUAUUUAGCCUAAGAUCGCCCGGUAGCAAAGAACUACUAUUGGAACAAAAAGUUCCAGCAAGUUAUCUAGCUCUGGAAGACGUGGUAAUUCAGCUGGCGCACGAUAGAAAAUUGUCCGGUUUGGAUCCGGUGCUGAAGGCCGAUCAAUAUUAUGCCGCGGUCAACAACGAGCUUCAGAAGUUGCACAGAUCUUUCAGAGACCCCGCCGAACUACACCAGGCGACGCUGUUUCUUCAUGAGAACGGUAUAAUACUGCAUUACGACGAUGCUACGUUGAAAGAUCUUUAUUUCUUGGAUCCGCAAUGGUUGUGCGACAUGCUGGCCCACGUAGUCACUAUACGAGAGAUCAAUCCGUUCGCCAGAUCUGGCAUAAUGAAGCUGGACGACAUCCAGCACGUCUUCAAAUCCUCCACGAUAUCAUCGAUCGAUACUCAAGGUUACAUCGUCAGUCUGCUCAAUAAAUUCGAAGUCGCUCUGACGUGGGACUGUCGCACGUUGCUGAUACCGUCUCUCUUGCCAACUGAGGAGGACAUUCUGCGUAAUAAUCAAAUCAUCAAAGUGCCUGUGAAGACACGCGGUUGGCACGUACGCGCAAAAAAGAUCACGUCUCCUAUGUUCACAUGCUUGGGUGCGACACCCGGUGACAAUAAGAGCAAUGCUGAAUGCGUGCUCACGUCGAGAGGGCAGCCCGACUGUUCCGUUACCAGAUUAUUGCUCAUGUCAUAUUUCCCCAGCGGUUUCUGGUCUCGUUUGAUAACUCGCAUUCUCGCCGAUGACGCUAUCGUUGAGAUUGUUAUGUCCUUUCUGGCGCCGUUCAAGGAUUUUGUUGACGACAAUAUCUUUGCCAGUUUGUUGGAUUUGCAAGCGGAGUGGGUGCUUUGGCAGACGGGACUCGAGCUGCGAUACUCGGGAAUUAUCUUGCUGCGUCUGAAGGAAGUCAAUUACAACAUGAAGAAUUCUCCGUACGAUUACAGACAAUUCAAAUUCAAACUCAAACAAGAUGGUAUUUGGUGCACGGUAGACCUGAAGAAUUCCGCUAUUCUUGAAAUUUGGUUUCCGGUGGACACAUUGGUAAUUAAGCAGCCUAUCAUGUCCGAUUCCGUGGAUGAGGAGCCGAUGGGUUACCAGGCAAUUGUAGUCGAGCCGCGACCCGAAAGUAUGCCGCAACUGAUGGCGCUGAUUGUCGAUCACAUUGAUAUUCUACUCGAGGACUGGUAUCCCACGUUAGGCACACGCUUUGUUCACACGUCGGAGGGCAAGUUGCUGGUCACGAGGCUAAUACCGUGUCCGCGCUGUUUACUUGGCAACACCGAGAACGGAGACGGCGAGUCGAGUGACAGCGACGGUCGUCUGAUCGAGGAUAUACAGAAAUAUUGCGCAGUAAAUCGCGCCGAGCGACAAAGCCAGGAUAGCUACAAAUCUGACGGUGAUAGCGGCGUUGGUUAUGACAGUCUAACGUCUAGCAGAAUGCCAUCGCUCGAAGGACAUCCGGACAUGUCGCGGCAGCAAAGCACCUCGCAUUUCGAGAGCACUCUUGCUUACUCUUGGAUGGUAGAAGAAUGCAUACUGGCGGCGUACAGCAACAAGCCCAUCAGCUGUCCGCGACAUUCGGAAAUUCCGUUGUCGCAUGUCGCGCCUGAUAUUAUCUUCAUGGAUUUGGGGGUCAAACAUCUGAUCAAGUCGGAGGAUCUAAAACGUGGCAAAUUGCUAGGUCGUGGCGCCUUCGGUUUCGUCUUCCGCGGCAGUUGUCGACUGCCGGGUACGCAUGUACGCGCUGACGUAGCCAUCAAGAUGCUGCAGCCAGUUUCACCAGGCCCGAACUCCACGCAGUCGGCAAUUCUCGCGUACAAGGCGUCGCAGAGCAAGUGGGAUCGCGAUCCAUUACAGUAUGCCUGCAAAGCCUAUUGCAUGGCACGUCAGGAACUCAACAUACUGCUAACACUCAGGCACGCUAAUAUCGUUCCGUUGAUCGGCAUAGUUGUUAGUCCAUUGGCUCUUGUAUUGGAUCUCGCUCCUCAGGGAGCAUUGGACGGCGUCUUGAAGAAUUAUCGUCGCUCCGGUGCCAAACUGGAUCCCUACACGUUACAAGCGAUAAUUCUGCAAGUCGCUAAGGCGAUAGAAUACCUGCACCAACAGCACGUUAUCUAUCGCGAUCUCAAAUCGGAGAACGUGUUGGUGUGGCAGAUGCCGUUGCCGUUUCAAGAGAGUCCGGAACUGGUGCACGUCAAGGUUGCCGAUUACGGUAUCUCGCGACUGACACUACCUACGGGAGCGAAAGGAUUCGGUGGCACGGAAGGCUUUAUGGCGCCUGAGAUAAUCAAGUACAACGGCGAGGAAGAAUAUACGGAGAAAGUUGACUCGUUUUCGUUCGGCAUGUUUAUUUACGAGCUGAUCACGCUGCGCCAGCCGUUCGAGGGUCACGAAGCAGUGAAGGAGUGCAUUCUGGAAGGUGGCCGACCGCCACUCAUGUAUCGCGAAACCUUUCAUCCGUGCUACGCACUCGAUCUGAUGGUUAUAUGUUGGGCGCAGAACCCAAAGGAUCGACCGACAGCCAGUCAGAUAGUUUCGAUCGCUUCCGCGCCCGAGUUCACGCACCUGAUAGACGUUACCUUGCUGACGGAACGCACGCAGGUGACAGCAGUCACCAUGACGAACUGCAGUGGCAACAACAGUCAGAGCGAUGCAGUGGACAGUCUGAACGGGGACGAGAUCUGGUUCGGUCACAACAACGGUGAGGUGGAUAUGCUACUAGGAACCCAGAAGGGCUGGCUUCGUCACAUACGCAUCGAGACACCGGUAAUUCCGUACGCUAUGUGCGGCGUAGAUGGCUACAUCUGGAUUGGCGAUAAUGUCGGCCAAGUACAUGUCUAUCUGUGUGGCAACUUUGGCUGCGUAGCCAGCCACAGUUUGGAAGCAGAUCACAGCAAGGAAUCCAAGGUAAUCGGAUUGAUCCAUCUGGAACAGCUGAAACAGUUCGCUGUGGCGUUGCACAGCGGUCGGAUCUUCUUACUAUCCAACUCGUUUACGCAAAUCAAGAAGACAGAAAUCACCGGCGGUGCGGAAACGACGCGCCAAGGCGCUGAUAUCAAGACCUACUCGCUAGCGGCGGUCUGUCGAAAAAGACGUGUGUUAGAACUCUGGGUUGGCCAGAGUUUCGGACGAAUAUCCGUUUACACGUUGAAAGACGGCAAUCUGGUCGACACGGUGCAGCUGUCUCAUUGCACCGGCACGGUCGGCGACGCCGCCAUGCGAAAUCUCUUCGCCACGUAUCUGACUAGCGCGAUGGUUGAGAACUUUGUCUUCUCGUACACGUAUCCAGGCUGCGUGGUAUAUCAAUGGGACGUGGAAAGUCGACAGAUUGUCAACAAACUCGAUAUGUCCAAACUAGUACCGUGCUCCGAGAGUCUCAAAUCUAUCUCGAUCGAAGAGAAUCUAUCAACGGAGAAGUGCCAGGUGACCGCGCUCGAAGCUAGCGCCGGUCAGCUGUACAUCGGCACUACCUGGGGCUGCAUCGUCGUCGCCGAGUGCGGUACUUUACGGCCCGUCACUGUGUUUCGUCCAUUCGAGGGCAAGGUCUGUCAGAUCGUGUCCUUCAAAUCUGUCGACAAGAAGAAGGCGGUGCUGGCUACCGUCGGCCAAGGUUACCGCAGCCUUAUCGCACGAUACGCCGAUUUUCCUCUGAAGAAUUUGGAAAACGAAGAACUCAGACACAGCAUGUACACCUUACUGUGGCGAUCAGAGAACUGGUCGGCUGCUUGAUUCCCACGGAGAUCUUAAGAUCCGCAGCUUUCUUCCGACGAAUAAUUUCCGUCGCAAUGAGAUUCUCAGUUAGUGCCAAUGUAGAAGAUAUUACAAAUCACGUACUGAACCGGUCUGAAGAAAGGUGGAAUCGUCGUGCUAAACCAAAAAAAAAACUUUACCGGAAGUGCUUAAGUGGGGAGUGCGUAACGACACUGCUCGGCGAAUCUUAUACGUCCACUAUAUUAUUAUAGUACAGUACAAUGGAUAUUCCGUGCGAAACGGUGCUCGAGGAUGAAAAUCAUAUUCCCGUGAAAUUAUGAUGAAAUAAAGAAACGCAUUUUUUUCUUUGUUUCGAGAAAUAUGUCGAGGGAGUGAUAAAGGAAUAUCCCGUAUAUCACGUUACGAGCUGAUUCUUUAGUUCGUCCAGCUUGCAGGAAUUAUCAGUCAGAUGUAAGAGAAAUAUAAUACACAUACACACACACACACACACUUUUAUUUUGUAUAAAACUAAAUGCUCUAAGUACUCUAGAAUAAGUUUCUGCUCGGUGAUUUGUGAUAGAACACCGCGCGAUAUAUACUCGCGCGUUAUUUAAAUGAUUAAGUAAACGCUUUAAACUCUGAAAUAUAGAACAAAGGAGAUGAUCUGGGAUUUGAAUACAGUUUGUUUCAUCAUUGUGGGACAAGAAUAAACAAUAAAAUAAAAGGUAACUUGGGCAUCUCUUCAAUUGAUAUUAAUCAUAUUAGCCGUUAGAUAUUAAAGAGCUAUUUUUAGCACCAUUACAAAUUUUUUGAUAACAUUGUUUAAUACAUCAAUUAAAGCAUCGAUGAAAGUCUGUCGUCGCUGAUGGCUAAACUUUCAUCGUCUUCAAUUGAUACAAAUUUCUGUAGAAUCAUGGUCGUAUAUCUUUCCGUGAGACUCAGAUGCAUCACGUCCAAAGUAAUAAUCUUUCGAAUAUAGUAUAUAUCAAGAAAUAUGUAAAACUUAAUUUAAGAUUCAAAGAGGUUGUGGGACAUGCUUAAUACGUUGCAUGUUAUUACACGUAACAAUAUGAAGAUACACACGUAACACUACAAGAUAAACACGUUGAACACAUUUUGAUCCAUUUUGCUCAAUUAAAAAACUUUUCUUUCUCUCGCGAUUUAAUCACACAAAAAUAAAUUAAUUGUAUUUCAAAAUAAUAUAUGUGUGAUAUACGUACAUAUGAAAUUAUUUUCAAUUAUGUGACGCUCUCUAAUUGUCAAGAAUUGUCUUUGUCAAUAAGAUGAGAUUUUUUUUUUAUGGGAAAUCUCUUAUUUAGUCGAUAUUCGUCCCUUCUCGAUACGUAAACACUCUUUAAAAUAGUUCUUUUAUUUUUUUUGUUUUUUUUUUUAGAUCGUAACAUAAUAAAGCGAGCAAUAUACAAUAUUUAUACACGUAUUGUAAUGCAUUUCAACAAAAACCGGUAUUUAUAGAAACCGAGUGAAAAAUCAGUUCCAGAGAAAAUGUAAGAGCGACCGUAAAUCCUUUCCGAUAACGUAUGAUGCGUUGUUAUUUAUUCUCGAAUCAGCACGUUUAGCGUAUUAUCGCGGUAGCUUUGACUCAUAUAUAAUUGUGUUUUAUACUUAGCUUUAAUUAAUACUCGUACCUGUGCAGCGCGUCAAGCGACCAAGUGAUAUACAAUGCAGCUUGCAUCCCCCCUUUUUCUACUACGAUGACGUUUAUUACGACAAAAGUGGAAAUUGUAUAUCAUCCGCUACAUAUACAAUAAUCUCAAAAUUAAUAUGCCUUGAAAUACGGCAAGUCAUUACUGUUGUAAAAAUAUUCCUCUAUAUCUUAUAUUAGGAUUUUAAAUUUUAAAUGAGUGAUCUCCGAUAUAUAAGUUAGGAUUACAUCAAUGUAAAAUUCAUGUUUAACUACUCAUUGUGAAGAUUAUAUUGCAUUAGGUUGUGUCAUCUUAUUUACUCAUUCAUUAUUUACUCAUCGUCAACUCAAAUUAUUAACUUUGUCCGAACUCAACAUUGUUAUUUAAUGUAUUGAUUGUCACAAAAUAUAAACUGUUGUUGAAAAAAAUUCGUUGUUAUUUACUUUUAUAUUACUACCGCAUGU